AUGCACGGAAGGCCUAGGAAAGCUCUAACUGAGGAAGAGCAAAGGGCUUCAUCUCUUAAAGCUGCCAAGCUUCGCGAUCUCCAAUCCCAAGUCCUUCACUUUCACCACAACAAAAUUUACACGGGAGAGGCUAUUGAAAUCAGUGCGAAGCUAUUGGAGUCAAAUCCAGAGCACUAUACUGGUUGGAACUACCGGAAACUCGCAGUGCAGCAUCUUAUCGACCAGCGGUCGAAGGGCGGAGCCGACUCCGAGUCGAUCCAAUCCAUUUUUUAUGAAGAAUUGAGAAUUGUGGAGAAUGCAUUGAAGAGGAACUUUAAGUCUUAUGGAGCUUGGCAUCACCGAAAAUGGGUGUUGAGCAAAGGUCAUUCGUCCACGGACAGGGAAUUACGGCUUCUCGGAAGGUUCCAGAAGCUGGAUGCCCGUAAUUUUCACGCCUGGAACUACAGGAGGUUCAUAACAGCAUUGAAGAAGAUUCCGGAUGAAGAGGAACUUAAAUACACGACUGAUAUGAUAUAUGAUAAUUUUAGUAACUAUUCAGCCUGGCACAAUCGAAGCAUUAUUCUGUCUAAUCUACUAGAGAAAGGAGUAGAGGAUUAUGAUGAUAAGGGGAAUGUGUUGGGAGGGGAAAGCACUGAUGAUGGAAUCCAGACCCGUUAUGAAGAUAUUCUCGCUCUUUAUCAAGAUUUAAUGAAAUUGGAUCCUGCACAUAUUUGUUACUAUGAGGAUGAGUACAGUUUGGUUUUAUUCAAGCAGCUGACAUCAGAUAAAGCCUCUUUACUGAAGCGCUGCUAUCAAUACCACGAGCCACUUUUAUCAAGUGUAAAGCCUUAUUUGUGCGCUCGGCUGAAUGGUCUCUCAUUAUCACGAAUCGGCAGUAUGGAGCACUUACUGUGGGUUCAAAUGUUAGAUCUCAGCCACAACAAGCUCCGUUCAAUUGAAGGUUUGGAGGCUCUGCAGCUGUUAUUCUGCUUGAAGCUUAGUCACAACAGAAUCUGCAGUUUUACGGCUUUAGAGCCCUUGAAAAUGCUAAAGUAUCUGAAAGUACUAGACAUAUCACACAACGAGAUCGGUGCACACUCUAUCGACACGAGAAGAUAUUUGUGUUCGUCUCCCUUCAAUCACGCAGUUGGAGUUGACUGUAAUUUCGAAAAACUUGUCGAAGGAGAUAUUCAGGUGAAGGACUACUGGGACGCGUACCUACUUUUCAAGGAGUUGAAUUUGGUCCAAUUAGAGAUUGCAGGAAAUGGAGUUCUUGAUGACCGGUUGAAAGCUUUUCUAUCGAAGUUGAUCCCUUGA